AGGACAACAUCCGGAUCACCAGGAGGAGUAGCCGUAUCAAGUUAGCAAUGAUUUUCUUAUUUUUAAUGCUUCUGCCAUUAGCAUUGGCAAAUAUGGAAAUCACUAAUUACACCGACGCUCAAACCGUCUCAGUGUACAAAGGAUUAGGGAAACUACAAAUAUCAUCAACUAAAUUAAUCCAUCUAAUAGACCUAGAACAGCUAGAAACAGAAUUGUACAAAAUACGAGAACACACAAUUAAUGACUUAAAAGGAAGCUACCUCUACCAUACACUAACACACGAAAUAGCUCAGGCAUUUACCGCAUUAAGUACUCUGACCUCAAAAUAUCGCAAAGCUCGAUCAAUCAAUUGGAUUGGUUCCGCUUGGAAAUUUGUGGCAGGAAAUCCGGAUCAUGACGACUUAACUAUGAUCGAAAAUAAUUUAAAUAGCCUUAUAACUAACAAUAACGAUCAGGUAAUAGUUAAUAAACAACUGCAAAGUAGAAUCAAUAAUUUAACAACAAUCUCAAAUAUGCUUACGAACUCAAUAAAAAAGGAUAACAAUUUUAACAAUGAAAUAGCAACGAGUCUGCAAAAUCAGGUCAGAUUGAUAAAAGAAGAAAUUGUAAACAUUAAAUAUGCCAUUCAAUGGGCAAAAAUUAACGUAAUUAACACACUCCUUUUAAACGAAUUUGAACUAAAUGAAGUAAAUAAAAUAUUUCAAAAAAACAAUAUUACCUCUUUAUCAAUCGAAGAAAUGCUAGAAUUUGUUGAUGUUUCAGUAUUACAUAAUAAAACAGCGAUUAUCUAUAUCAUCAAAAUACCAGAACUAGACCCCACUACCUAUCAAGAUAUGUUGAUAAAACCCGUUAUAAAAAAUAACUUUAUUGUACACUUAGAAACGAAUGAAAUAUUCAUAGCGCAAAAAGAAAUCAUUAAUGUACCCAAAAACUGUAAAAUAUCCAAUUACUUAAAAAUAUGUAAAAAAGAAAACACUGUAAAUCUAAAACAAACAAAAUGUAUUGCUAAGUUAAUUGAGGGAAAGGAAGCGCUGUGUGACUUCAGUAAUGCAGAACAUAUUCAGAAAAUAGAGGAGAUCGAUGGCAGCUUAAUAUUACUUAACAACUACACCGGCAACUUAAUACACAACAACAUAACUUACAAUCUAAAAGGAACAUACCUGGUUCAUUUCUGGAACGAUACCGUUCAAAUAAAUAGCAAGCAAUUCAACAAUAAAGAAAAAUCUAUCCUAAAACCCGGAACACCAAUAAUUCAAAUGUCACCCAUAGAAGUGGAGAGGUUAAAAAUUUUGUCAUUGGAAUCACUGGAGGCCCUCAACAUCAAAAACACAAAGCACUUAAAUAACGUAACAACACACUCUACCAUAAACCGCAUCGCCAUCUUGUGCUUACUGGGCACCGUCAUACUUCUUUCAAUAAUCUCCAAAAUCCACUUUAAGCCCAGAGAGAAAGUAACCAUUCAAAUUCAACAAGAGCCUCCCACGCUUAAUAGUAAACUUAAGCCAAGGCCGAUACAGCCCGAAUUCAACAAUAUUCCCUAUUUCUAACACCCACUUGAGGACAAGUAGGAUCCUGAGGGGGGAGAGUUAACAACAGAAACUUUUGUUACUCCUCUCGACGGCCGAUACAAUGAACCCUUAGUACUUUUCCUGCAAGAAUUGUGCAACAAAGUAUUCUAAGAAAUACAAGAGUUCAAAAAUCCUAAAUCAACAAUAUUAUAAACAUCCGCCGCGACGAACCCACGCAACACCGAAAUUGCAGAGAUUGCAAUUCGAUCCAGUUCAAUCGAGUUCAAACCACUCCAAUGCUCCGCCUAGCUGCCGAUCACGCCAUCAGCGACGACGACAACGUUCUGCCGACGCCUCUGCCAGACACCCACAGCUUACUUAGGGCUUACUCUAAUUCUCAAUGUUUAGUUCUUAAUUUGAAUCCGAAAUAAAAGGUCAACCUCGCAAAUUGGACUCGUUUAAUUUCC